GUCCAGGCCGUCAUCUACGAGGGCAUCCCCAUCGUCUGGGAAUCCUACCGUCUGAGCACUUUCGUGCAGAAGUUCGCUGAAACCAUUCUGCAGUACCAGGAAAAGGUAGAGGACCUGCUGAAUGUAACCCGCGAAAUUGACCUUCAAUUAAAGGCCCUCGAGACCUGUGCUUACACGAAGGAGAACUUUGAGGAGAUUAUUGGUAGGCGCUUCGCUUCUUUUCCCGGUCAUCCUCCCGUCCCACCACAUUUGUUGCAAACCCCAUGA